AUGUUUGCGAUUGAUGAGAUAAAUAAGAACCCACAGAUUUUACCGAAUAUUUCACUGGGUUACCAAAUAUAUGACUCCUGCGGAGCAGAGGUUCGGGCUGGUUCCGGCACCCUGGGCAUCUUGUCUGGAACCCAACGUACAGUUCCUAAUUAUAACUGUUGGAACAAUGGAAAGCUGCUGGGCUUUUUGGGAGACUUUUCCACCAGUACAACGUAUGUCAUUGCCCAGAUUCUGAAUGCCUCGGUUCGGAAUGUAAGUUUUAUAACCAAUGGUGACACCCACUCGCUCAGUCAAUAUGGAGACCCACCAGUCAGUUUUGACAUUAUAAAGUGGAUUUUCUUACCAAACAAGUAUAUGUUAAAAACUAAAAUUGGAAAUUUCAAUGCAUCAAACGGGACACAUUCUUACAUCAACAGCAGCGACGAUUUGUUUGGUCCACACUUUAGAAUGAUCCCACAGUCUCUGUGCAAUGAACCCUGUGCCCCAGGAUACAGGAAGUCUAAAAUAGAAGGGAAGCCAUCUUGUUGCUAUGACUGUGCCAAGUGUGCCGAAGGGGAAAUGUCCAACUCAACAGAUGCUUUUUCCUGCUCGAAAUGCCCUGCGUAUCAGAUGCCGGAUACAAAAAGAAUUGUCUGCAUCCCAAAAGCUACAAACUAUCUUUCCUUUAUAGAUACCCUGGGGGCCAGCUUAACUGCCAUUGCCUUCAUCCUCUUCAUCACAGCUUCUGUAGUUUUGGGAAUCUUUGUGAAAUAUUGGGACACUCCUAUUGUGAGAGCCAAUAACCGAUAUCUCAGCUGUCUCCUCCUCAUCUCUCUCAUGUUGUGUUUCCUCUGCACUUUAUUAUUCAUUGGGCGCCCAACUCAGAUAUGUUGUCUCCUCCGACAAGUAACAUUUGGGAUUGUAUUUACUAUUUCUGUUUCUUCUGUGUUGGCUAAAACUCUCACAGUUAUUAUUGCCUUCAAUGCCACAAAGCCUGGGAGCAAGCUGAAGAAGUAUGUAGGAACCCAACUGGCCAUUGUAUUAGUCAUUGUAUGUUGUUUGGGUGAAAUUAUAAUCUCUACUGUGUGGAUGGUCUCCAAUCCUCCAUUAGUUGAGGCUGAUAUCGUUUCUAAAAUGGACACAAUUGUUUUGCUUUGUAAUGAGGGAUCAGUCGCUUUCUUCUUCUGUAUAAUUGGAUAUAUAGGAACGUUGGCCCUACUGAGUUUCAUUGCUGCAUUUCUAGCCAAGGAUUUCCCUGACCGAUUUAAUGAGGCUAAAAACAUCACUUUCAGUAUGUUGGGGUUCUGUAGCGUGUGGGGGGCAUUUGUCCCUGCAUACCUGAGCAGUAAGGGCAGUAGAAUGGUGGCUGCUGAAAUAUUUGCCAUCUUAUCCUCCAGUGCUGGAUUAUUGGGCUGUAUAUUUGGUCCUAAGUGUUACAUUAUUUAUCUUAGACCAGAAUUAAAUUCAAGAAAAACCACUAUCAGAAAAUAUUAA